UUUAUGAUCUAUGAAGGCAAACAAUCCAUCUUUAGUCAUCAAGAUUAAUAUGCUCUAAUUAGACUAGUUACUUCAGAGGAUGAUGCAACAACUAAAAAACAUGAAGAAGGUAAAACAACAUUUACAUUAAAAUUGGCUAAAUACUUAUCAACUUCAGGGAUAGGUGAUUAUUUGGAUACCAUUAAUGUUUUAUUAAGUUUUCUAUUAACUAUACUUCAUUUAAUAGAUUGCUACUCUUGGAUAUAUGGAACCUAAGAUGUUGGCGAUGCUUAAACCUAUAUCACAGUAAAUUCAAAUGAAUAAUAAGUUCUUAGAUUCCUGAAUUAAUAUGCUACUUAUAUUUUAUCCUGGAUUUCAUAAUAAACUUUUACUUAUCAGAAAAUAAAUUAUUCUUUACUUUUCAAACAACCUCAUUAGUUGAAUAUGUUUCGAUACUGCCGUCUUUACUUGCAAGAUUAAAUAUCAUCACAGGAUAUAAAUAUAUCUACUUAUCAAGAGUGCUGCGAUUUUUACAGUGUUAUAAGUUGGAUAAAGUACUUUAGCGAUAAUCAAUGGAAGGUAGUAGAUAGAUUUGAUUUAGAGUAUUUAGGUUAGCUUAUAAACCAAUAGUAACAGUGAUGGCAAUAAUAAUGAUAAAUUCUUCAGUAUUGUACGUAGUGGAAUAAGAUUAUUCGAUAGUUGAAUAUAUUUAUUUUAUGGUUGUAACUAUAUCAACAGUUGGUUUUGGUGAUGUGUACCCAACAACCAUAUAUGGAAGAUUUUCAAUAAUAGUUGCAAUUUUAAUAAUGUUUUUAGUACUACCAACAUAAGUAGAGAUGCUUACUCGUGUUUACAGUUUAAGAAGUCAUUUUGCAAGAAAUAAAUAUAUUUCAAAAAAAGAAUAAGAACAUAUUUUAUUGUUAGGAUCAUCAUAAGUUGAAGGAUUCAAGACAUUUUUAAAUGAACUCUAUCAUAGUGAUCAUGGUAUGAAUGAUACAAAUACUGUUAUUUUAUAACCAUCAGGUCCAACAGAAGAAAUGACUAUUUAACUUAAGUAACCUGCUUUAGCUUAGAGAGUCAUAUAUUUAGAAGGACAUCCUUUAUAAAAUAAAGAUUUAGAGAGAUGUAGUUCUAAAGAUUGUAAUUGUGUUAUAGUGUUGGCUAAUAAAACAAGUAGAACACCUAAAAGAGAUGAUUAUAGAAAUAUUAUUCAUGCAUUUGCUGUUAAAAAAUUUGCUAGAAAAUAGAAAUCUAGAAAAGGGGCUAGAGUUUGUUUACAAGUAUUGUAACCUUCAAGCAAAGAUUUAUAUUUUAAUUCAUUAGGUGGUUAUGAUACUGAUCAAGUUAUUUGCGUAGAUGAACUUAAACUAUAUCUUUUGGGAAAGACUUGUCUAUGUCCUGGAAUCAAUACAUUAAUUUCUUUUUUAAUUCAAUCAUCAAAACCAUAAUAUGAUACAUCCAAAUAUGACAAAAAUAAAUGUGAAUGGAUUGAUGAUUAUUUAUGUGGAAUGUAAAAUGAAAUUUAUAGAGUUCCUUUAGAAUCUGAAGCAUUUGUUGGUUUGACUUUUAGUUAAGUAAUUAUUUAAAUCUUAUAUCUUUGUUAGAUUUCUUAAGCCAUUUAUAAAGAAUUAAAUAUUAUUUUAUUCGCUUUAGAAGUUGAAUUAGAAUCUGGAACAAGUGUAUUUGUUAAUCCAGCUGAUUAUCUUUUUGAAGAUUAUUUACAUUAUGGAUAUGUAAUUGCUACAGAAAUGCCAAAUGUUGAAAAAAUUUAAUAAACUAAAUUCCCUGAAUAUAUUUAAAAGAAUUAUUGUUUUCCUAAUGUGUAAAGAUAAGGAAAUAAUAAAAAUGCUCUUUAAUAAGAGACUGAAUAUUUAAAAGAAAUAUUAAGUGAAGGUCUUAAAGAUGAUAGUUCUAAACAUCCUUCUUAUUAUUAAGUUAAACCUUAAACCAUUACUACAGGACUUCCAAAAGUAGGUGAUUAAGAUAAAUUUGAAAAUCAUUUUAUAGUUUGUGGUGUUGUUACUGAUAUGAAAUAUUUAAUGAUGCCUCUUAGAGCUAGAUCACUCAAAAAUAUAUAACCUAUUGUCAUUUUAAAUUAAGAUCUAAUUCCAACUGAAAUUUAAUUAUAAAUUAACAAAUUUCCAAAAGUGUAUUUUUAAUAAGGAUCUCCAUUAAAUACAGAAGAUCUAAAAAAAGCUUGUAUUUAAAAAGCAUCAGCUUUAGUAAUUCUUCAAAAAUCUGCAGAUUAAGAAGAAGGUAUUUCUAAUAUAGUAGAUGCUGAUACCAUAUUUAUUUAUAAGACUGUUAAACUCUUAAAUUCUAAUAUUAAUAUAAUAACUGAACUUGCAUCUAUUUCCACAAUAUCAUUUUUGUAGAUCUCGAGAAAUAAUUAUGUUCAAAAGUAUGAUUGGUCUGUUAGUGAACCAUUUGCAUCUGGUGAAAUUUAUAUUUCUACUAUGCUUGAUACUCUUAUCUGUUAGGCUUAUUAUAAUCCAUUUAUUACAAGUAUUUUUGAUUAAAUGAUUUUAGGAAGUGCUUCUGUGAAUAAAAAAGUAUUUUAUUAUUUAUAUAUUAGAAUAAAAAACUAUAUCAAGCAUGUAAAUUAUAGCAAAGUAAUCUAUUUUUAAUAAAUGUACCCCCAAAAUAUUAGGAAAAAACAUUUGGAGAACUUUUUGAGAUUCUCUUAACUGAAUAAAAAAUGAUACCAAUUGGAUUAUAUAGAGGAGAAAAAGUUAAAAACAAUAAUAAACCAUAUGUAUUUUUAAAACCACCUAUGGAUGUUGUAUUAUAAAGCAAAGAUAGAGUCUAUAUAUUAAGUGGAAAACAACCAAAAGAACCAGAAACUACACUUGAUAAUGAGGCAGGCUAAGGAUAAGAAAAUGCAACUUAAAAUUUUAAUAUAAAAUCAAAAUUGUAAGGAGAAGAAGGUAGAGUAGACAUAGAAUUUUCUAGAGAAUUAAUAAAGUUUAAUGAUAAAAUGAAAAAUUUCAGUAUUUAGUUAAAUGAAAUUAAUUAAACAGUGUUUAAUUAGGGUUUAAUACAAGAGGGUAAUUAAUUCUCAUUAUAUUUGAUAGAUUUUAUUUCAAGAGUUAGAUCCACUCUAAAGACAGAAUUAGCUAAUCUAAACCCAACAGCUUGA